CUUAUGUACAUGUAUUUACAGUGUUUGUACAUGUACAAUGCAUGUACCGUAUACCUGUACAUGUACACAAAUACUUGUGUAAUCUUCGCAUGAACUUUGCUCGCUGUAAUUACUGUAAGUAGUAUGGUAUAGUGUAAACAUUCGAUCUGAAAAUACAUGUUUGGUAUAUGGAGAACUUCCAUUCAACCAAAGGUGACUCGGCAUCAUAUUUAUUGAGCUCGAUCAACACAUCACUCAUACAUGUACAUGUAGUUGUGCAUCAUUUGUAAUUUGUUGUGUGGUAGUAAAUUUACAUGAUGUACAUGUACAUGUAAUGUAACUAUCGAUAUUGCACCUGUGAUUUGAAUUCUUUCAGCUUAGUGGACUGUUACAGCAAAAUCAGGGAGCUAGAUGUAAUCCCAUUCUGGCUCUGUACAUGUACGCUCUGUAUGGUCUGUACACAAAAGCAAGAGGUUAAUUGACCAGUGUGCAGAGUCCAUGUACAUGGACUGUUUAUGCAUGCAUUUUGGUUUAAUAAGCCUAUGUUGUUGGUGUAGCAGGACAAAGACGGUAUCAAAGGAGCGAAAGGUACAUGUACAGGUAUGCACAGUGAAUGAUUUCACGCACUGUUUUUUACAGCAAAUGCACAGUUGUAUGUUCAUCAUGCUCAUGCAACUUUGCCCACUUGGGGCAUACUCUAUAUGUACUGGUCUUGUGCAAAAAGGACAUUUGCUGACCAGGGGUAAGGGUCAUUUGUAGCAAAGGGAAGAGGAACAGUUAAGGAAAGUAAUGUAGGCCUACUAUGUACCGGGUACAGUUAAUAAGAGGUUCAACUUGGCUAAUUACAUGUAUGUGUACCUUGUUUUAAACACAUGCAACAGGAACCUUGUAUUAUCAGGAAUGAAAUGAAUGAAUAGAGAAUUGGGACUUAAAAAUUUCGUUGUUACAAGAAAAAUCUUUUAUUAACAGUUCUCUUAUUAAUGAGCAAGGCUCGAUGAUGAGAAUUAUAGGAAUGUGUACACAAUAAAUGUGAAUUGCAGAGCUGUUAAAAAUGUACAUGUUGACCCAGCCAGUUGGUACAAAAUGUACGUGUACAUGUAUAUGUUCAUGUAUGUAUGCAGAUACAUGGACUAGCUGUACAUGUAUUUCUUAUUUCAGAAUCCCUGGUUCUAAUCUGCCAUGGCACUGUGUACACACUUCACUAAUGGAAUGACAGUGAUGGCCAAAAGUAGCUCUGUCCUGCUGUUGAUUAUCCAGUCUGCCUUUUUAGAUGUCAUCAUCCUGAAGCUCGAUGAGUCGGUGCCAGAGCAGAGUUUGUACAUGUGGCCAGUUGUGGACAGCAUAGUGGCAUUGUCGUGGAUAUCUGCCAUGGUCGUGUCGUACUUGUACUUCUCCAGGCCCCCAGAACUGGAGGUCCGAGGCUGGAAGCAAGUGUUGAGAGUUGUUAUGCGAGAGCUGUCAUUUGCUUACAUCUACUGGCUGGUGUACUCAGCGGUUCUCGUGGCCAAGAUCCAGAGGCUGUUUGAAUUCAGGAGGGAGCUCAUCGCCCCGCAUCCAACGAGAACCCUGCAUCCAUCCAGCACCCCCCAUCCACCAUGCCCCAUCUGCUCGGCGACUACCUUCAAGAUUGUUUUGUCCCUGGCUGGGAUCAUGUUUCCCCUCCUAGCCUACAGCCGGGACGAGGUGGGCCACACUGAGAAGUACAAGUCCCUGCUGAGGCACCUGGGCACGUCGGCCAGCCUUGACAUCCUGGACUCGGUCAUGGUCCUGGACAUUCUCUUCACCGUCUAUGACAAUCACUCGCUUGAACCUGCCAUGGAGAAUGCCAUCAACACCUUCUCCUCCCUGUGCCUCUUGCUUCCCAUCGUACCGCUUCUUGCACUCCGCAUUGCCUCUAGUGUCAUUGAGUCCAGAAACAGCAAGCUCUUUGACUUGGCCCUGGUAACCAACUCCAUCCUGUACCUUGUCUUAGUGAACCUGCCGCUACUCUGCAUCCGACUUGUAUUGUGGGCACGGCGGGACAUAGAUAUCUCAACAUUCCUCAUCAAGAAUCUGAUGGGCAUCAUCAAGGGAGUCAUAGACAUUUACCAGGAGAUUAAGAUGAUCAGGGCAUGGACCAGUGACCAAGGUGCGGUCAAUACCACCCCCAGAGACAAUCCUGUAACAGAGAUGCCACUUGGGGAUAAAAGGUUAUUGAUAAACGAUGAUGUGGACUACCAGUUCAUCUGAACAAAGAAUCGAUAUCUCAU